AUGGCGGAAAGUCAGGGGAGAGGAAAGUCCAAGACGGAGACCCUUGAAACGAUGGCAUUAGACCCACUUGGCUGUGGCGCACUCCUUAUCUACACCAAUCACUCUCUGUUUCCACCUCACAAUCAAAAGAAGGCGCACAUAUUUUCCAUUCCCUUUGCUUAUACGGAAUUUGGACGACGAAUACUCGACAUGAAGCACACACGCGGCCUAAUAUCGAUAACACAAGCACUUCGCCAUACCUUCCUGUCCCCUUUCCAGACCACCCAUGUCCAGUUUCCACGCUACAGUUAUGCUUUACGAGGAGCACAAUUGAGGUUCCUUCAGUCUCCUCGCCAUCUUCCCUCACAACAAUCAAAACAGAAACAGAUCCGAGAUGAAGAUAUUCGGUCGGAGUAUAUACAAAUCGUCAACGAAAAUGGCGACCUUGAGCCUGCCAUGAAGCUAAGAGAUGUGCUACGCUCUUUCGAUCGCUCUGAGAGCUUCCUCAUACAAGUGUCUCCAGCCCUUCCUGACCGCCCACCAAUCUGCAAAAUCGUGAACAAAAUGGCCAUGCGUGAGCACGAGCGAGCUAAAGCCAAAGCUGCCCAUGCCACUAAAACAGCAAUGAAGCAGAUUGAGUUGAAUUGGGCCAUUGACAGUCAUGAUCUGGCACACCGCUUGAAGCAAUUGACGAACUUCCUGGAGAAAGGCCGACGCGUGGAGAUCAUCCUGACGCGGAAAAAAGGCAAACGGGCACCCACUGUGGAAGAGAUCAAGAACGUCAUGGACAGCGUCUUGCAAGCUACGAAGGAAGCCGAUGCGAUGCAGAUCAAACCUAUGGAAGGGGAACCGGGCAAACAUGUCACAUUAUUUGUGAAAAAGAAGGAUGCUUGACAUGCCUUCGCCAGCUUGCAGUUUUCUAUGACAUAUUUGGCGUACUUUGGCGUACAUAAACAUUGAUGACCCUCAGUCAACCGUCAUGUAUAGUAACACUCCAUUACUUCAAAC